GGUGCACCAUGUCCCACCCUCUCUUUCCUCCCUCUUUUUUUCGGCGUGUUUCAGAAUGGCUACUCGCAAGGAAACACCGUCGACACCAACCGCCCCGAUGGCUUCCACGUCUCCGGGAGCGACUUUAGAUUCACCUGUGAAACAGAUUCAGAUCGAGGGGCUGGUGGUCCUGAAGAUGAUCAAACAUUACCAGGAGGAGGGUCAGGGCAGUGAGGUGGUUCAGGGUGUACUACUGGGCCUGGUAGUGGAGGACAGGUUAGAGAUCACCAACUGUUUCCCCUUCCCUCAACACACCGAGGACGACGCCGACUUCGACGAAGGUACGUGAGAACACUGGGUUUGUG